UUCACGCCAAGCAGAGACUGCCAGUUUGCCAAGAAAGAGAACUGACAGUCAAAUCAAGGAUGCUGGUCACCUGGUCCUGGAUCUUGGCCCUGGGGCUGCUGGCAGGGCAUGGGGAGGCUCAGAGCUGCACGCAAGCAUAUGGAGGUCCCAACUUGGCCAGAGGGCGGCCAACCUCACAGUCCUCCACAUACACACACGUUUAUGGGAUUUCUGGGAUAUCAGGCUACGCUGUGGACGGGAAGUGUGAUGGGAAGUUCACAGCUCACUCCUGCACUCACACCAAUCAUGAGAUCAAUCCGUGGUGGUCAGUGGACUUGGGCAGAGAAUACGCCAUCUCCCUCGUGGUGGUGAAAAACCGGCAGGACUGCUGUGGAGAAAGAAUCCAGGGGGCCACGAUCCACGUGGGAAGCCACAUGGGUGACUUUAGCAAAAGCAGCUUCAUCUGUGGCACCAUUACAGACCUCCGGGAUGGAUCCCUCAGUACCAUUCUGUGCAAUGGAGCCCUGGGCCGCUAUAUAACCAUUGCCAUCCCUCGCCGGGUAACCUUCCUGUCUCUAGGUGAAGUGGAGGUCCACGGCACCCAUAGACCACGCCAGUGGAACUGAGAACAGCACUGCAUUUUGUGUACGGGAUCUAAUGAUGGCUCUUCAAUCAUCUUCAUGGAUCCUCUCUCUCUGGGCAAGCUUCUUUGGAUUUCUGUGGCUUCUAGCCAGGACUGUUUCCAUAUGGAGGAUUUGUUCUGCCACAGCCCUCAAAAGAAAUAUCUACACGAUGCCAUCUUCUAUUCAUGUUGUGUCGCCUUCCACGGUUUCUCAUAGUUUGCAGAACCAGACCUAGAGGAGUUAGCCAUGUUAGUCUGUAGUUGCAAAAUAGUAAAAAGUCCAGUAGCACCUUUAAGACUGACCAACUCUGUUGAGGCAUAAGCUUUCAAGAUGCUUCUGACAAAGAAAGCUAUGAUUCUCAAAAGCUAAUGCUACAAUAAAGUUGGUAGCCAUGCUACAUUUACUUGGAAUUCCCUGUAAUUGUUUCCUUGAGACUCCAAUGAAAUUACUGACUUCAGGCGUUCCAAUUAUAUCACCCCCGUGC